AUGUACAUCCACUUCCUGGUGAUUCAGUCCAAAGUGAGGAACAUCAAUCAGACCAAUGUUGUCUGCAAGUUAUGCAAGAACAACGUCCCCACCGCCAACUUGUUUUACCGCACAAGCAGCAGACCACCACAGAGAGGAGUUAAAUAUAAUAACUUGUUUCCGUUCUCUUGUCUCUCCAGACUGAGUGGAUGUAAUCUGUCAGAGAGAAGCUGUGAAGUUCUGUCCUCAGUUCUCAGCUCCCAGUCAUCUAGUCUGAGAGAGCUGGACCUGAGUAACAACAACCUGCAUGAUUCAGGAGGGAAGAUGAUCUCUGUAGGACUGAAGAGUCCACACUGCAGACUGGAGACUCUCAGUCUGUCAGGCUGUCUGAUCUCAGAGGAAGGCUGUUCCUCUCUGGUCUCAGCUCUGAGCUCCAACCCCUCCCAUCUGAGAGAGCUGGACCUGAGCUACAACCAUCCAGGAGACUCAGGAUUGAAUUUACUGUCAGCGGGACCGGAGGAUCCUCUCUGGAGACUGGACACUCUCAGGGUGGAGCCUGCUGGAGUCAGAUGGUUGACACCAGGUCUGAGGAAGUAUUCCUGUGAACUCACAAUCGACACAAACACAGUGAACAGAAAACUCAAACUGUCUGACAACAACAGGAAGGUGACAUAUGUGAAGGAGGAUCAGCCGUAUCCUGAUCAUCCAAAGAGGUUUGACUCCUGGUGUCAUCAGCUGCUGUGUAGAGAUGGUCUGACUGGUCGCUGUUACUGGGAGGUUCAGAGGAGAGGAGAGGUUAAUAUAUCAGUUAGUUACAGAGGAAUCGGCAGGAGAGGAGAAAGUGAAGACUGUUGGUUUGGACGUAAUGAUCAGUCCUGGAGUCUGUACUGCUAUGAUGGUGGUUACUCUAUCCGGCACAAUAACAGCAGAACAUCGAUCUCCUCCUCCUCUGUCUCUGGUAGAGUAGCAGUGUAUGUGGACUGUCCUGCUGGCUCUCUGUCCUUCUACUCAGUCUCCUCUGACUCACUGAUCCACCUCCACACCUUCAACACCACAUUCACUCAGCCUCUCUAUCCUGGGUUUAGGUUCAGGUCUCCUGGUUCCUCAGUGUCUCUGUGUUCUGUGUAGGACGGAGAGUCUCUUGCUGUUUCUCACUGCUGAUCAGUUGAGUCUGU